AUGAAAUACCUUGAGUAUCCCGAGCUCGAGCUGCUCUCCCGUGCACUCACCUUUGAGUCCGCAGAAUGCAAGGUCUUCACCCGCAUGGAGGCGUACUCUUGCAAGACCGUCUCCAAAGAGAAGCGUCUCUUCAAGAGUCUCGAGUCUUCGUACCUCCGCUCCGCUUCCACGUCUCCGCCCGACUACCUCGAGGAAGCGCUCGCAUCUCCCUUCGGCCGUCUCGACCAGGCCUCGGCCCGCAAGACGCUCUUCUUGCUCAUCGCGACGCUCAAUGUCGCCUUCCCCGAUCACGACUUUAGCGAAGUCAAUCCAGCCGAUUUCCGCAAGGAGAUGAGCCCGGCCAUGGUUCUCAAUUCGCUCAGCACCACCCUGCUCAGCCUCAAGACAUCGUCCAAUGCUCCGCGCUCCUACAGUUCCUUCCCUGGCUCGUUUGAGGAACCCAGCUUCGCCCUCGGCACGGCCGGCGAGUCUCCCGGCUCAGCGGGAGCAACCGCAUCGCUCCCGCCUCUCAUCACUCACCCGGCACUCUCCCACAUCCUCGACGACAUUAUGAACGUCUCCGACUGCGAAGUCUACACAUUUCAUCCCGACAUGGACUCGGACCCGCAUGCCAGCGCUGAGCCUGAGGAGGAGGGCGACCUAGCCGAUGAUGAUCUGUACGAGGAAGAGGAGUACUGGGAUGACGAAACGCAGGGCAUGCGUGGCCGUGAAGACACCCCUCAGGCACGCAACCACGGUCGCGCUGACGACGAUGACGAAGAGAUGGAAGAUGCGCCCAUGUUUGACGAGGAUGUCUAUGGUCACGGCCUCAGCGGCGGCGGCAAGACGGCUCCUCACGCCCUCGCGACCAUCGGGCCGGAUGGAAACAUGGUUCUCUCGCGCGGAAACUUUGAGUUGAAAGGCAGGAGACAGUUCAUGGACGACUCGAGCCUCACUUCCUACGAUUCCAACUUCAACGACGAGGAUGAUGAGUUGGACGGCACGGGCGCUGGUCUGCUGUGGUCCACUUUUGCCUUUUUUUACAACCGCAAGAUGAAGCGCAUCCUCUUCGUCUCGGUAUGGAGCCGUAAGAACGCCCGCUUUGGCAUGCCCACCUCGUCCUGGGCGUACGCACAACCUCCGCCCGUUCUCAGCGCUUCAUUCGGAUCGUCGCAGGCUGCCAUCGCGCAAAGUGCUGCCUCGGGACGACAACGAGCAUCAUCCAAUGCUUCAAAGAAGCAGGCCGCUGCCAUCGUUGCACCCGCUGCUGCCGCCGCUCCCACGCUUGCGAAGCGUGCUAUCGCCAGGACCGAUUCCACCGGCUCGCUCAAGCGGUCCGGACGACCAGGUCACAUUCGCACAGAGUCUGGAAGUCCUGCUCCUUCGCAGCUCUCACCCUUCCCGCACGCUUCGCCACGCGCAGUACGCACAACUGAUCCUAUGGACAGCGUUGUCGUCGUGGACGGCCGAAGGGCCAUCCACUCGCUCGAUGCGGCACUCAUGAGCGCUAGCGCGCCUGCUGCAGCCAACACGAGCGUCGGUGCUCCCAUCGCCACUGCGACGCGUCCUCCACCGACCGCAGCUCGCAGCAAACGUUCUUCUGAUACUUCUUCAUCCGGCACAUUCGACCAGAAGCGUGUCAAGAAACAGUCCGCGUGA